GCUUGGCAAAGGUUGCGGGUUCGAGUCCCGUGCUGGUCGACCUGUCUUUUUGCUCAUCGUGCAGUCGGGAAGACGCUGAAAGCCUGGUUUGUUCUCGUGGCGCUGACCAUCUUCGCAGAUGCCGACGACGUCGACUGCCGCAAAUGUGGUGAAGUUGGUCACUUUGCAAAGGAUUGUCCCCAGGGAGGAGGCUCUCGUGCAUGCCACAAAUGUGGUGAAGAAGGUCAUAUGGCCCGAGAAUGCCCACAAGGAGGUGACACGCGCGAUUGCCGAAAAUGUGGCGAAGUUGGCCAUAUCUCCAGAGAUUGUCCUCAAGGCGGCGGAGGUGGUGGUUCGCGGGAGUGCUUCAAGUGUGGCCAAGCUGGACACAUUGCACGAGAGUGCCCGUCUGCUCAAGAAACCGGCGACUCGCAAGCCGGACAUGGCAGUUUUGCGCAUGCGGCCGGCUCAGCCCAAACUGCUGCACUCUUUGAUAACAAGGGUGAGGGCCCGACAGGCCAGGAAGAUGGUCAGUGGAACUCGGCAGCAUCGGGUGCUAACGAGGAUGCCUGGACCAAGGCACCGUCAUCUGCCGUGGAUGAUUGGUGAGGAGGAGAGCCAGUGGGCACUCGUGAGCUAGACUUGCUUCAAGGCAUAUCUGAUCUCAGGAAAGAAAUGGCAGAUGCUUCUCGACAGCAACAGUCCGGGGCAAAUGGUACAGGUCUAUUCCGAGCUGGGGAGCCGACGGAGAUUUGCCCUUAAUAGUUCAUGUCCUGCAGCUUAAGGCUGCGUCGCAUUGUCUGUAGAUUUGGGCAAUGUGCAGGGAGGAUUGACAAUUGAUUUCAACUUCGCCCGCAUCCCAUUCCGAGUAAGAAACGUGGAUGAUGAGUUUUGUCUGUCCUGCGUCAACAUGAGACAAGA